UUUUUUUUUUUGUCUAAAUAAAUGAUUCUUAAAUCCAUCAGGCAUAUAUCACAAGGUUAUUAUUAUUAAAACUAAAUGCCUUAAGGUAGAGUUUUACUAUACUUCACUAAAGAAAAUAUGUCUCUCGUUAUAUAUUUAAUCCUUAUGUCUGCCUGAAAGUCAAAGUAAUGUUUAUAAAAUAUAGACUGAUGUUAUUGUUUUUCUUCAAAACUUUGCCAUUUGUUACUAGCUCAUUAUCAGAUAUUGUCUCUCCUUCAAAUCAAGGUCUUCCUAUUUCCUAUUAUUAACUUUCGUAUAUAAUACAGAAGAACUCUUUUUAUUUUUUAUUUUUUUUCUAACAACAAAAAUAUAAGAAGAAGUAAGCAAAAGCUACAUACUUUUUAGAUUUGUUUCCAUAGAGAGAGAGAGAGAGAGAAAAGUCACAUUCAUUUGUACAUAAUGAAUCAUAUAUGUUCUUCGAGUUUCAUUUUUGUUGAAUAGCAUGACAAUAAUUAUAUUACGCAUAGAUUUAUUAUUCAUUAUCAAUUUUGCUUGUUAGUUUCUUCCUUUAACUCAUUACUAUUAUCUCAAGGAUUUCUUUGUCAAGUUUUAUAUAUAUAUAUAUAUAUAUAUAUAUAUAUGUAUAUAUGUAUAUAUAUAUAUGUUAUGUUUCUUUUUUUAUUAAUGAGAUGAGUUGAUGUUGUAAUUAUUAUUAGAGAUUUACGUCAUUCAUUGAACAAUAUGUAAUGAUUUCUUGUUGACGUCACUAUCUAGUACGACUACGAUUAACAGAGAAAAAUGAAAGACCUUGUUCGCUCGUCCUGGCAUGCGUUACUAUAUAUAAAUAUGUAAGCAAAUGCUUUGAUUUCUUUCUCUUGAUGGGCUUACGUGUGACGUCGAUUGUCCGUCGCGCGGUCGAUGAUGACGUCGUCGAGUAAAGAGAAUGAGCGCAUCAAAGAAAAGACGACAUAUAGAUUAUAUACAUGCACGCUUAAGCUUGUAUUCGUGUGCUAAAGCAAGAGAUAGUUUUUUAGCCAAUGAUCAUCAUUGGAAGAAAAGAACAGAAUUGUGACGUCAAACUGAUGCAUUUGUUUUCCUUUCUAAUGUAAUCGCAUCUUCAUUUGAGACAAAGGUGUUCAAAUAGAUCACGAUAGUAUCAUACAAACUACUCAUUUAUCAAUAACUAAUUCAUCGAAUAUAGUGCCUUCUUUACUAUUAUCAUCAUCAUCAUCAUCAUCAUUAUUAUUAUCAACGUCAAAAACAAUCAGCACAACGACGGCGCCGAAUCCCCAUUCCGCAACUACUUUUAGUAGCAAUAGUACGAUGGUCACAUCAUCGACUCUUAUUCCUCCAUCUGUGGAUAAUAAAACAUCAUCAUUAUUACCUCGUAAAACAUCAAAUGCAUCAAGUUCAGGUAAUUUUUCUGAAAUGUCUCGUUCAUUUGGUCAUGAAGAAAAUUCUGGAGAUUCCUUAUAUGGUUUAACAUCAGGAUCAUCAUCAUCAUCACAUUAUAUUAUUAAAUGUACUUUAAAUACAACAACAACAACACCAACAAUAACUAAUACAAAUACAUCGUUGAUGUCAACUACGUUACCAACAUCAGCAUCACAACCACCACCACCACCACCACCAUCGCCGGUGAUAUUAACACCACGUGUUAAAGUAACUGUUCAACAACCAUCAGUAGCAGCAUCAUCAUCACGUAUUGAUUCAUCACCUGAACCAAUUCCAUCAUCAUUAUUUCUUAAAACUC